AGUCUUUCUUUCCCCAUGCAAAAUAACACCAAAUCCCCCCACACGCACUUCGCCCAUCUUCUCAUUUCCUUGAUAAUUCACCCAGUCACACCAUCCAUCAAGGAAACUCCACUCAAACCAAACAGUAUUAUUAGUUUAUUACUCUCACCAACACACCACUACUCUUGUUCUCCCCAACCCCCCACCACACUAACAAAUUAACCAUUUAUAGUUACUCACAGUAUAAUUCCUUUCAGUUUCAUGACCACCUUCCUCCUCUUAUUCUUUUGUUCAUAACCAACUCUCUCACUAAACCAUGAAGGCCGCCUCCUACUCUAAUUCAAGAACCAUCUAACCGACCUUGACAACUCACUCUCUUCAUGGAACCCUUCAGACACAACCCCGUGCCAUUGGUGGGGUGUCACGUGCCGCAACGCCACCACAACUCCCGUAACUGUCACCGUCACCUCUCUCAACCUCCCCUCUGCCACUCUCAACGGCCGCCUGCAAUCCCUCUCCGUUUGCCGCCGUCUCCGUCACCUCGACCUCUCCCAAAACACUCUCGUUGGAACCAUUUCCUUCUCCCUCUCCCUCCUCACCGCCCUCCGCCACCUCGACCUCUCCUUCAACAACCUCUCCGGCGACAUCCCCACUCAACUCAGCCACACUCUUCACCGCCUCGUGUUACUUGACUUAGUCAACAACUUCCUCAGUGGACCAUUCCCGAACUCGUUAACUAACAUGACGUCACUCAAGGUCCUUCAUUUAGCAUACAACUCCUUUGCGCCGAAUUGGAUCAUUGAAUAACCUUUUGGAGUUUCAUGGUGGUAAUAAUAAGCUUUCUGGUAGAAUCCCUGAUAGCAUGGCUAAAUUGAUCCAGUUGGGUACUCUUGAUUUGAGCUAUAAUGAAAUGUCUGGUGAAAUUCUGGGUUGGAUUAGCGGUUUGAAUAGACUCAAUGAGCUUAAUUUGGCACAUAAUAGGUUUAGUAGCACAAUUCCAAAGGAAUUAGGAAGGUUGUCUGAGCUCACUGUCCUUGAUCUUUCUAGUAACCAAUUUUCUGGUGAGAUUCCUCUAGAGCUGGAGAAUCUGAAGCUCAAUAAGUUCAAUUUGUCAUACAAUCGGCUUUCUUGGGAUGUUCUGCCUCAUUAUGCCACUAAGAAUUAUGAAAUAUGUUUUGUAGGAAACCCUGAGCUUUGUGUUAAAGGAUUUGGGAAAUGUCAUAGCUCAAGGGGUAGAAAGUACCGGAGGUAUGCAUGGAUUUUCAGGUCCAUAUUUGCAGUUGCUAGAAUCUUGUUCAUCCUUGGGGUGGCUGUGUUUUAUGUGAGAUACAGGAACUUAAGAAAGAAGAAGAGAAGUUUAAAUGUUUCAAAAUGGAGGUCGUUUCAUAAGCUAGGCUUUGAUGAGUUUGAGAUUGUGAAAUUGAUGAGUGAAGACAAUGUGAUAGGGAGUAGAUCAUCUGGGAAGGUUUACAAGGUUGUUCUAAGCAGUGGUGCUGUUGUGGCCGUCAAGAAAUUAUGGAGAGAAACCAAGGAUGGAAUUGGGAUUGUUGGUUCUGAAAAAGAUGAAUUUGAUGUUGAAGUUGAAACACUAGGAAAAAUAAGGCACAAAAAUAUAGUAAGGUUGUGGAGUUGCUACAACAGUGGUGACAGCAGGCUCCUGGUUUAUGAAUAUAUACCGAAUGGGAACUUGGCCGAUAUGUUGAAGAGUAACAAGAAAAGCUUGUUGGAUUGGCCAACAAGGUACAAGAUUGCAAUUGAUGCUGCUGAGGGGCUUUCUUAUUUGCAUCAUAGGGAUGUAAAAUCGAACAACAUAUUGCUCGACAGUGAGUUUGGAGCAAAAGUGGCUGAUUUUGGAGUUGCCAAAAUUGUUAAUGGAACUAGCCAAGGGGCGGUGUCCAUGUCUGUAAUUGCAGGCUCUUAUGGUUACAUCGCACCAGAAUAUGCAUAUACUCUUCGGGUGAACAAAAAGAGUGAUAUUUACAGCUUUGGUGUUGUCAUUUUGGAGUUAGUAACCGAAAGACCUUCUAAUCAUGCAGAUUACGGGGAAAAUGAUAUGGUAAAAUGGGUCUCAUCCUUGUUGGAACAGAAAGGAAUGGAUCAUGUGAUUGAUCCUGCCCUUGAUUCAACAUACAGGGAGGAAAUCAGCAAGGUACUUAGUGUGAGGUUUCUCUGCACAAACGUUCUCCCUAUAAACUGCCCUGCAAUGUGGUGGGUGGUGAAAAUGCCUCGGGAAGCAGCAACGGUUCCCAGAUCCCGAAGAAUGAGGGAGGUAACACACUCCCCUUAUUUUGAUAGAGAUUUCUUAUCGUGAAAGAAGCAUAGUUCCAUUGGAUGGAACUUGGAAGUAUGAACCCUACUCAGUGUAGUCUCACAUCGACAGAUAAAAGAAAAGCAUAGUCCUUAUAAGCUUCUCACCGCAUAUGUUUGUUCGCCGAGUUGUGUAACGCCAGCUUGUGACCCAAGUGGGGGCAAUUAAGGUGAUGGAACAAGUGUUCUGGCCUGCUAGGUUGGGCUUGCAAGGGCUAAUUGUCGGCCUGCCCACUCCAAGUUGAGAGUUGGGCCCGGUAGUCUGGGCGAAGGCCCAAGGCCCCUCGGCCCCUAAAAUGGAGGGUAAUGCGCGAGGCUGGCUUAACAGAGCAGCGACCACUUCCUGCUCCCAACAGUGGAGGGAUCACAGGCCACUGUUCUUCUGGCCCGAUAUAACCUGGUAGGCCUAGCAUCCUGGACCAUCAUUUUUUA